AUGGCUGGAAGUGACGGCUCGUGGAAAUAUUACCUCUGGAUUCUGACAGCCAUGUGCAGAUACGCGUUACCCGCAGCCAAAUCACUGGAGUCGGUCGUGUGGAAUUCGCAAAAUCCCAAGUUUGUGUCUGGGAAGGGCUUAGUGAUUUACCCGGAGAUUGGUGACAAACUGGACAUUAUCUGCCCCAAAGGGGACAUGGGGAGACCAUAUGAGUUUUAUAAACUCUACCUGGUGAAGAAAGAGCAGGCCGAGUCCUGCAGCACCAUACUGGACCCCAAUGUUCUAGUGACCUGCAACAAACCAGAGAAAGACAUCAAAUUCACCAUCAAGUUCCAGGAGUUCAGUCCAAACUACAUGGGACUUGAAUUUAAACGCUUCACAAACUAUUACAUCACCUCAACGUCUAAUGGAACACAGGAAGGCUUGGAAAACAGAGAAGGUGGGGUUUGUAGUACGAGAUCCAUGAAGAUCAUCAUGAAAGUGGGCCAAGAUCCAAAUGCACCAGAUCCAGAUUUACCAGACCUCCCAGACCGGCCGUAUGACAAUGAGAUCAAGGACCCCACAACCAGCCCUUCUCGCAAGACUGAACGAGGCAGAGAGAAUGAAGUGGACGGGAAUGGAUCCAAAAUGCCCGGCAAAGACACAAGAAACCAGAACAACAGUCCCGGUUCUGUGGAAGGAAUAUUCGGCUCUAAACCAGCUCUCUUCGCUGCCAUCGGAGCGGGCUGUGUGAUCUUCCUCCUAAUCAUAAUCAUCCUCAUCGUCUUGCUCCUCAAGCUUCGCAAGAGAACCCGGAAGCACUCGCAACCCAGGGGCGGGACUGCCCUGUCACUCAGCACUCUGGCCACGCCCAAAGGAGCCGCCCAGGCCGGCUCAGAGCCAAGUGACAUCAUCAUCCCCCUGCGGACAACAGAGAAUAACUACUGUCCCCACUAUGAAAAAGUUAGCGGAGACUAUGGACACCCCGUCUACAUAGUGCAGGAAAUGCCGCCGCAGAGCCCUGCCAAUAUCUACUACAAAGUCUGA